AUGGCCACUGCUAAGAAAGAAAGACCUAAGAGAUCUUCUUCACAAAAUGUUGAUUAUAGUUUAAAAUAUAGAAAGAUAAUUAUUCCUGAAGAUGCAGAUAAUAAUAAAAAGAAUAAGAGAAUUAAAAUUGGUAAUAAUAAAAGUAAUAGCAAUAAACAGUAUGAUAAUAAUCCAUGCAUAAAGGAUAGUGAUAAAAUAUCUACACGAACACCUUUGUUUAAAACAGGACCAAAUGGUGAAAUCAUAGGCAUCAAUGAGAAUUUUGAAGAGUUUGAUUUUAAACAAAAAAAUAUCACUGAUAGUGUUAGUGAGAACGACAGCCUGCAUAAUUUAAAUGAAAAGAAUCAAUUAUCCAAUUCUUUUUCUUCUUCUUCUUCUUCUAAUAUGAGUAACUUUCCACAUUCUUUAUCUUCAGACCCAGAUCACGGAUUUGAACAUACGAAUACCAAUGGAAUAAUAUCACCUGUUCGUGAUGUUAUUAAUGGAGCUACUGGCUUACCAUUAAGUCAGUUUCCUACAGAGAAAAUUAAAAGAGAGAGGCUCUGGAACUAUAAAAAAAUUGUAUUUUCAUCAUCUAAUAAAACUGAUGCUAAUAAUAUAAAUUCGUCAUCUUCAGGUAAUCUACAAAAGAAAAGUGAUAGUGCUUUACUGUUUUCCUCCCCAUUUACAAUGAUAGAACCAACUAAAGAAGAAAGUAAUAGGAAAAAAACUAUAAGUAAUCAAAACGAAUUAGGCUUAGAAGAAUCUAAUAAUACAAAGCGAGAUUCAUCGAUGUCAAGAUCAAGGUCUUUAUCACCAUUACUGUCAAGUAAUUCCGUUAGCAUAAGUCAUAUGCAAAAUAAUAUGGACACUAUAAAUGAAAAGGAGCAACAAUAUAAAGCUAAAUUAAAAACCAAUGAGUCGAAUUACCUAACUCAUCAAAGUUGUUUAAGACAUGUAAUAGAUAAUGAUAAAACUAAUUUUUUAGAAGCCGUUAAUAUUAAGACAAAACUACCAAAUUCACAUCAUAUAGUAUCCAAACCGUUAAUCUUUAAAAAUAAACUGUUUACUGCCAUUGCUUCAGAGUCUUUGACCGCAGGCACUUUAAAGAAUCAAAUAGUAAAGGCAAAUAUUGCAAAGGAUAAGGAUCAUAAUAAUACAACCACCAUUGAAAUUGAAAAUGAUGAUUUUUGUUUUUCCUGUGGACAAACUGGUUCAUUCUUAUGUUGUGACACAUGUUCUAAAUCAUUUCACUUCUUGUGUUUAGAUCCUCCUAUGGAUCCAAAUAAUUUACCAGAAGGUGACUGGUCAUGUCCAAACUGUGUUUUUAAAUUUAAUUAUCCAACUCAAACGAAAUAUAAACAAGGUGAGUUACAAUUCGUUAAAAAUAAAUCUGCAGAAGGAAAAGGGAAGUUGUUUAGCAAAUUGCUAUUUAAAUUGCAAAGCUAUAACCCCAAACAAUUUUCUCUAACACAAUCCAUAAAAAAUACAUUUGAAGAUGUCAAAACAGGCCCACAUAAUGAGUAUAAUGAUAAAACUUUUAAAACACCGUUAACGGAGAGACAAUUAUUUAAUACUUCAUAUGGACAAUCUAUAACUAAACUAGAUUCAUAUUGCCCAGAGAUUCAUUAUGCAACUAAUGAUGAGAAUCCAAAUAAAUUCUUGACAUGUUAUAAAUGUAAUACAACUAGAUUUGGUUCUUGGGAUCACCCAGAAGAAUCAAGGUUGUUAAUUAAAUGCGACUAUUGCCAAACUCCAUGGCAUCUGGAUUGUAUUCCAAACAUUCCAAGGGCUUCUUUGAAAAAUCUAGGUUACAAAUGGAAGUGUCCAUUACAUGCGAAUACUGUAAAACAAAGAAGAUUGUCUAAAAAACAACCUUUUAUGAGACCUUUGCAAACAUAUGGAUUCAAGAAUAAUGGUGAUAUUGAGAUCAUAUUAGAUGAGAUUGUCACGAAUAAAGAAAGAGAUACUAAAAGGAUUGGUGAAUUGGAACCAAUACCAGUCGUGGACGAAUCGUCCAUUAAGGUAGAUUUUAUCGAUAAAAUAUUCAAUUAUAAAAAAUUGCAAAAAGAUAAUGCAAUUAAAUUACAAGAAAGAUUAAUAGAUAAACUUGUCAAUAACCAUAAAAAUCAAAAUGUGCAUGAUGUUGCAUCUUUGGUUUAUUUCAAUUAUUGUAAUAAGAAUAAAAAAAAUGAGAAAUUGUGGAACCUACGGGAAUUGUGCCAUUUAGCAAAUAGUGAAUUAACCAAUGAAAAUAGAAAAUUGGAAUUGGAGGAUAAAGAGCAGACAGAAGGAAACAAGAACAUCAUAUUGACCACACAAGAUGUAAAGGAAUUGUUAAUGAUCAAGCAAUUAAUUCAAUCCAAACCAAAGGAGGAAGUAAUAGCAUUUUUUGGUCUUAAGUAA